CUGCAAUCACGGCUACACAAUGCAACGCAGAGACUUUGUGUUGUCGAGUGUCCGUCUUUUCCUUUGAUCUGUGGUCUUGUUUGCUUGCUGCCCGUUGCCCGGUGGCCGUGUUCAUAGGGAAAAGGGUUAUCAAAUCGGACGGGCCGAAGUUGACUGCUUCGUGAUCAGAAGACCCAGGAGACAGCAUUGAUGGCAGGGAGAAUUUGGCCAAAUCUUGAGAUCCCGGCGAGUCCCAUUUUCCCAAUUCCUGCGAGAUUGGUUCCCCGGCCCCUGUCGAGCCAAGCCCUCCAUCGACGUCGCCAGACGCUCAAGAAAAAAAGCAGGCAGCUCGGCCGAGCUUGGAAGUUGGACGAGCUUCCAGGGCGCCCGACUGGAGAUUCCUUGGAAUCCUGGCCCACCUCAACCCCCGGACGUGACACGGUUAUGUCCACGCCUGAGGCCUCAACUCAACCCUCUUGGUCACCAACAACAACAUAGACAGAAUCAGACAAACAAUGACAGCUUGAGAUUAUCAUGAGGAGCCCAAAAUAUGCCAAGUCUCGCCCAUUGCCGUGGUGAAGCAGAUCCAGAUCCAAGUGGAGACCUGUGCUGUCGCGGUGAACCACUCAGGGCCUGUCGAUGCUGGCGGUGCAUGCGCACACCCCACCUUUCAGCUUCUUGUGGUGGUGUUGUUGCAGGGGCGUGCCCGUAACAUGGCUAGCGUACCUGCAAUAAUUUAGCUCCAUUUGCCCCUUCCUCGCAUGUUUCUGGUGCCGACGUGCCUGUCUUUUCUGCCCCUUGGAUUCUACUUUUCUCAAGCCACGCCUCUCUCUCUCCUUCCCUCAUCACACCUUUCUUCCUCCCGUCAUUUUGAAGGUCCUUCUUCACUUCAUACAUUCGUUACUGUCAAUAUUUCUCCCAUCGUCGUUGAUUAGAAAGAGUCCUCUCGCUCACUCUUUCUCUCCCUCAUCACGACUUUCUCACCAACCAAAACUGAAUCCCACGUCGCGUCCAUCCUCCCGCGCCACUAAUCAACUAAGACAUUCCGGUAUCCCGCGACGCCAUUGAAGAAAGAGACUCAGCAAAAUGCUCGUCAAGAACCUCCUCCCUGCCUUCGUGGCAAUUGGUUCUGCCGCUGCCCAAAGCGGCACCUGCUCCAUCUCUGGAGGCACAACAACCAUCAACAACCCGACCGAGGCUACUGGGCUCGCGAACUGCAGAACGGUCCGCGGUAGCGUAGUUAUUGGACGCAGCGCCGGCCCCAGCAUUGAUCUCUCUGGCCCUAGUGAGAUCACUGGCGACCUUAAGGUGGCCGACAAUGGCAUCAUCGAGACCCUCCAGAGCAGCGACCUCGCCACCAUUGGCGGCAAGUUCCAGCUGAAGAAUGUCACCAAGCUCACCUCCGUGAGCAUGUCUAAGCUCACUGCUGCCAAGGAGAUCGAGUGGGACACCGUCACCAACAUCGAGUCUGUGACCCUCGGCCCCGUCAACAAGGUCGACGACAUCAGAAUCAGCAUCACCUCCCUCAGGAAUCUCGAUGCUCUCGACCUCGGCAACGUUGCCAACCUCAAGCUUGACAACAACGCCCGUCUGUCCAAGUUCUCCAGCAACCUUCGCACCUUGAGCAAGAACCUUGUUCUUGCUUCCAACGGUAUUGGCGGCAUCGGUCUCGAGGUUGAGCUCCCUAACCUCGUCUGGGCUGUCGAGCUCGACAUCAACAACGUCACCACCUUCUCCGUUCCCUCCCUCAAGACUGUCAACGGCAGCGCUCGCUUCGGCUCCAACUUCUUCCAGUCCUUCUCCGCCCCCAACCUUACUGCCACCAGCUCUGGUGAUAUCUCCUUCAUUGGUAACGCCAAGCUCACCAACGCCACCUUCCCCAAGCUUGAGGCCAUUGCUGGUGGUCUGACCAUUGCCAACAACACCAACCUCGAUGAGCUCACUGGCUUCCCCAAGCUCAAGUCUAUUGGUGGUGCCGUCUUGCUCCGUGGCAACUUCGAGUCUGUUGAGAUGCCCGCUCUCGACACCGUCCGUGGUACUUUCGACGCCUCUUCUUCCGCCGACAUUUCCGAGUCUUGCAAGGCCUUCGACAAGCUCGCUCCUCAAAACCAGGGCGGCAACGGUGUCAUCGCCGGUGGCUACGACUGCACUAGCAACAACACCCAGGCCAACGAGGAUACCGACGGCAGCACUUCUGGCAACGACGGCAGUGGCGGCAGUGAUGACAAGGACAACGGUGCGGUCGGCAUGGCCCUCAACACCGGCCUCUUCGCCAUCAUCGCCCUUGCCGGUUUCGCCGUGGCUCUCUAAGAUAGGAAGAGCAAUGUUUGAUUUACGAACAAGGAACGACAAAUCUGGAGUUUAUGUUGCCGAUUAAUCGUGGCUGAGCGCAUUUGCAUCACACACCCAUAUCACGCGCAGGGAUUGCUAGACUUAAUACUCUUACCAACAUGCUCUUUCCUUUUGACGAACGUUCCUCGUUUCCUCUCCCUCGCCCGUGAAGUUUUUUGGCCCCCUUUCGCGCAAUCAACGAAGUCAUGAGAGCAGUCCCCUGGUAGAACUCGACGCAGAGUUUUAUCGGGGGCUAGGAAACGAGAACGCGGCCAAGUGGAAGGAGGAUGGUUGAGUAGAGAGGUGUUGGACAGGAGAUUCGGUUGUAGUGUGGGCUGUGGAGAAUAAGGAAACAUAAUAACUGGGUGAUGGGUGCGGAAGAGGAUAAACAUCGCUCUAUGAUUUUUGACUGGUUCUAGCGGCGUUUUGUUUAUUUGUAUGAAAUCUCUUACACGUUGUAAUAUCGAUGGGGGCCGCGAGCCGUGUUGCUGUUGUCGUAUUGUAGGGUUAAAAGCGAAUAUGAUGAUUGUCUGUUGAGUUUUGGACUUGGUCUGUUGCGUACUUGGG